GGGGCGGGCUCAGUGAGGGCGGGGUUAAAGCUUAGCCGAGAGGAUACCAGGGGCGGGGCCCACCGGGAAAAAGCGGGCCGGAGCUGGAGGCGGUCAACCCGGCCCACGGGCAACGCGCGGACAACCACACGGGCUCACAGCGGCAGGGGGACGGGUCGGGUCGGCCGAAUGCACGGUGUGCCGCCGCCAUGACAGAGCAGACCUACUGUGAUCGCCUAGUCCAGGACACUCCUUUCCUCACCAGCCUCGGACGCCUGAGUGAGCAGCAGGUAGACAGGAUCAUCCUCCAGCUAAACCGCUACUAUCCCCAGAUCCUCAGCAACAAGGACGCGGAAAAGUUCCGGAACCCCAAGGUGUCUCUGCGAGUGCGUCUCUGCGACCUCUUAGGCCACUUGCAGCGGAGCGGUGAGCGGGAUUGCCAGGAGUUCUACCGGGCCCUGUACAUCCACGCCCAGCCCCUGCACAGCUGCUUGCCUAGCCGGCACGUCCUGCAGAACUCAGAUUGCACAGAGCUAGACUCGGGCACCGCAAGCUGUGAGCUCAGUGACAGGGGACCUGUGGCCUUCCUGACCUGCCUCGGCCUGGCCGCAGGCCUGGCGCUUCUCAUCUACUGCUGCCCUCCAGACCCCAAGGUGCUUCCAGGGGCCCGGCGUGUCCUGGGCUUCUCCCCGGUCAUCAUUGACAGGCACGCCAGCCGCUUCCUGCUGGCCUUUCUCACAGAUGACCUGGGGGGCCUCUGACCGACCCCAGCCCUGCCCGUCUGCGUGUUUGCUCUCCAGGGGCUUUCUUCUUUCCUAAGUGUUUAUUUCUUGCUAUUUAUAAUUUGUGUAAUAAGCACUUUGCUUUCAUUGUACCGAGGUGUUCAACAA